AUGGAGUUCCCUUGGAUGAUCCUGACACUCUGUGCCCUGGUCAGAAACCAAUCCAACAGAUGUACUCACGAGUGGAACCCCUACGGAAUCGUUUUCCGUGAUGAUCCCGGACUCCUUAUAACCAACUGCAGAGUACACACGCAGAGGGUGCACGUCCGCCUAGAUGCAGAGAACGUGUCCCGCCAACACAUUUCUCCUGCGGCACAUAUGAGUUGGGACAGGGCAGACUGGACCACCCAGGCAGUUAAGCACGCUCAGCUAGACACUGCCCACAUGUUGGCCCAACUCCAAAAGUUCACAGUCACCCAGUCAGAACUAGCAGAGCCCAGGCGAGAAAAACGAUUCCUCAGGGCGCUACUCUCAACAGGUGCAGCCGUAGGGUCACUAUUUGCUCUAGAUACCACAGCCGUCAACGCACUCAGUCUAGCCGCGGUCAAAAUAAAUGUUAGGGAGAUUACUGAAGAGAUGUCACUUAUCCAGGUUGCAGCAUGUUGGAAAGUCUUUCCAGGACACUAUUCUGGUGGUAAACACACACGCUACUCUCCUGAACAAAACCCUCCUGUCGGUAGGCAAGCUAGUAGAAGUCAUGAACCAUGCCUAUGCCCAUGUCCAAUUGGUUCAAUUGUUGUUGGAGGAUUUUCUCAGUGAAGUAAGCUCUUCUAUGGACCACUUGGCCAUGAAUAGAAUCCCCUCAUAUCUAGUGCCCCUCUCAAUGGUGCCCAACAUAUCGACCUCAGCUACCACAACCAUGAUAAAGCCAUUACAGUCACACCUGACCUAUAGUCUCGGGUCUGCAAUUCCAAUACACGUUGAUGUUAAUUGAAAUGAAGUGGGAUUUUUACUGAUGCUGCCGGUUGUUGAACUGGAGAAUAUCUAUAGGUUGAAAACAGUUCUAAACGUAGGAUUUUGGCGUGACAAAACCCAUGUGAAAAUCAUCACACCUCCAGUCAUAGCUUAUCAGGAACACAAUCCAGAUUUCUAUCUCACCCCUAACCUGUUAAUGUGUACUCUAACCAAAGACGUCCACUACUUGUGUCCUAGCAAACCCCUCGUCAGGGAUAACACUGAGAGCCUUUGUGGCCUUAAGCCUAUCAAAAGCGAAGAACACUGUAGAGCCAAACUAACAGCAAGAGGUGGAGUCACCACCAUGCAAAUUAGAUGUCCUAACCGACUUGCCAAAACUAUAGUUUAUUAACAAGAAAUUUGUGGAGUGGUUGAAAAAUGAGUUUUAAUGAUUCCAACCUAAGUGUAUGUAAACUUCCGACUUCAACUGUAUGUUGGAACUCCUUCAAGACUGUUGGAAGGGCAUUCCGGGUGACUGCCUCAUGAGGCUGGUUGAGAGAAUGCCAACAGUGUACGGAAGCAUAGUUCCUGCUCAGCCCAGUCAAAGCUAUUCGCUGCUCUGGCACCCCAAUGGUGGAACAUGCUCCACCACGACGCCAGGACAGCGGAGUCACUGACCACCUUCCGGAGACACUUGAAACCCUACCUCUUUAAGGAAUACCUGGAAUAGUAUAAAGUAAUCCUUCUUCCCCCACCCCCCAUAAAAAAAAAAAAAAGGUGGUUGUCCCACUGGCUAUCCUAAGUUGAAUGCACCAAUUUGUAAGUCGCUCUGGAUAAGAGCGUCUGCUAAAUUAUGUAAAUGUAAAUGUGAAAUGCAAAUGAGAGUGGUAGGGAAUCAAUGGCUGAUUAACACCCCAUUCACGUCCGCCACUAUGACUUACGAACGCCAUGACUCAACCACCCAACUGAACCUCCCCAAUCAGACAAUUUCUGUUAAGGUACCAGAGGGGGGCGAUUAUACACAUAGAUGACCUAGCCCUAUACCAACUUCCUGACGACAGGAUAGACACAGAUAUUGAAAUGCCUGACGCUUUUGCUAAACAUUCCCUUGAGUUACCACCAGCUAUUCAAAACCAAAUUCAGUACGAGGGACUGAUGACUGUUCAUCUUAGCGUACUGAAUGAGGCACCUUUAGUUGACCCGAUUGCCUAUAACCCAAAAGAUUGGUCUGUCACCCGCUCUUGGACGGUGUCGGACAGUAUCCUGACUGUUACCAUGAUCCUUGGUCUUAUUGCCCUUGGCGUGUGCACCUACUAUGUACACAGGCGCAAUGGAAGACCUAAUGAGGUCUUAUGCUAGGAUCACCUGUGGGACGGAAGCAAUCCCGAUUUUCAGAAAACUGACAAUAGAUUCCAAAACCCCAUCAGGUGACCCAUCCACAGCAUCCCCAGCUUCUUCCCCAGAGUUCGCUAGGUCAGCCCUGUAGUGCCACCAAUGGAAGCUUUGUCAUUCAGGGUGCCAUUUUAGAGAGUGCCUUCACUACCUUCAAGAAGGAUCGCCCUAGAUAUGACAUUAGACAAAUGUCAUGAUAGAGUCAUUUAGCCAAGACCAUGGACGUACAUAGAAUAGAGUCCAAGUAGAUGAUUAAGCUGCCAACCCUCGGAACCACUCUAUCCCGUACUCCUGCUGCCCCGUCGUCCACGGUGUGAGCCCCCCCCUAAAAAUGUUGGGCUUGUCUCUCCCCCGUGGACCAGGCCGAUACGUGAAGUCCUACGGUACAAACACAAAUCAAAAGGAACAAGAAACCACACCAAACGAAUGCCUAACGGCUACCUAAGUAUGGCUCCCAAUCAGAGACAACGAGCUACAGCCGUCUCUGAUUGGGAGCCACCCUGGCCAACAUAGAAACACAAAACUAGAACCUAACACCCUGGCUCAACAUACGAGAGUCCCCAGAGCCAGGGCGUGACAAGUAUGACGGAAACGCCCCUCUUUACCAGAGUGCAUAAAAGAUUGAGUUAAGAAUUAUCAGAUCACACUAGACGGACCUCAAGCUGCAGCGAGGUCCAUUUUGGUCCCGACCCUGAAAAUUUAAGUGGGACCAUCCUGUUACUCUCUUCAAACCAUCAUCUACUACACUGCUCUCAUCGCCCCACAGGGGAUCAUCGACACAGCUGAUUAGCCGUCCUCAGAAGACCACUUCCAGAACGAGUGAAAGUAAACAGACAACUAAGGAGAAGGACAUUGUGACCUCUUGUGGACAAUCUGAGCCUUACAUCUAAAAGGCCAUCCGAAAGUGAAGGCCCAAACGACCCCUUCCCACGAAGGCCUGGGUCCAACAGAGAUACACGACGAAGACCUCCAAUACGUAAAUAUGCAUUACUUCUUACCAAACAGGCGGCAGUUCGGGGCAAGGUAUUAGGAUUACUGUGAGCGUAGGUCCAUGUGUAUCAAAGUGUUUUCUUUCUCGCUCUCUUUUUAACUCGCCAUCUUUUGUAACAAGUGUCAUAUUGUGUUAGUCCGCUAGGGACCCGUUUCCAUUGUAUUAAGUUUCUAAUCCCUACCUAUACUGUGUACGUGUUUGUAUCUUGUGUUAUCAUUUUUAAUUAGUUAGUAAAUAAAUAAUUAAAACAAUUUGUGUGGUACGGAAUGAUCAGUAAGACCCGGGUUCAUGCAGACUUAAAGAGUCUACGACUUUCAGAAUGAGAUAGAUAUGAGGUAAAUGAUUAAUAAAUUAUAAGAGAUAUCUUAAGAGUUAAUUUGGGAAACGGUAAGUAGUUAAACAACUUUUCCCAUGGUGCCCCAAAUUCCUAAUGAGUUAAUUGUUACAUGAUUAAUUUAAUCUAGUAACAAUUAAACAUAGUAGGUAAUUAUUCGAUAAAUAAUAGUAAUCACAAUAAUAUAUCACGUCACGACACUGGUCUUGGAGAGCCAGGUAUAAUUUACAAAUUGAUUGUGCUUUUCUAUAUGUUUCUUUUUCAUUCAGAGAUUAACUUUAUAAUCUGAAUGUGUGACAGGCACAUAAUUUGAUCAAUGUAUGGAGGCGAUCAUCCCAUACAUUGAGAAACUCCAACAAGGCUACAGUGUGUUCGUGUGUGGAGGAAUUGGCAAGAUCAACUCGGACAUGCCAAUUACUGUGCCAUCUGCUUGUCACCUGCAGAAAGAGUAGCUGCAGCUUUCGCAACAGCUAAUGGGGAUCCAUUAUUUAUUUUACAAAUAACAGAAAAGGUAAGCCUUGAAAGAAUGCUUUUUAUAAGUCAAAUAUUAUUUAAUAUCCCUCUUAAAGUUAAAUAGGUGCGUUUUCUGUUUUCAGAUGUCAAAUCUACACAGUGGACAAGGCUCUGCUCUCAGACCCAAAAUCAAAAUCUAAUCAAAUCAAAUGUAUUGGUCACAUACCCAUGGUUAGCAGAUGUUAUUGCGAGGGUAGCGAAAUGCUUGUGCUUCUAGUUCCGACAGUGCAGCAAUAUCUAGCAAGUAAUAUCUAACAGUUCCACAACAAAUACCUAAUACACACAAAUCUAAGUAAAGGAAUGGAAUAACAAUUUAUAAAUAUAUGGAUGAGCAAUGUCAUUAUCAGAGUGGCAUAGGCUAAGAUGCAAUAGAUCAUAUAGAAUACAGUAUAUACAUAUGAGAUGGGUAAUGCAAGAUAUGUAAACAUUAUUAAAGUGGCAUUAUUAAAGUGACUAGUGUUCCAUUUAUUAAAGUGGCCAGUGAUUUUCAUGUUUGUGUGUAGGCAGCAGCCUCUCUGUGCUGUGUAACAGUCUGAUGGCCUUGAGAUAGAAGCUGUUUUUCAGUCUCUCGGUCCCAGCUUUGAUGCACCUGUACUGACCUCGCCUUCUGGAUGAUAGCAGGUGAACAGGCAGUGGCUCGGGUGGUAGUUGUCCUUGAUGAUCUUUUUGGCCUUCCUGUAACAUCGGGUGCUGUAGGUGUCCUGGAGGGCAGGUAGUUUGCUCCCAGUGAUGCGUUGUGCAGACCGCACCACCCUCUGGACAGCCCUGCAGUUGUGGGCGGUGCAGUUGCCGUACCAGACGUUGAUACAGCCCGACAGGAUGCUCUCAAUUGUGCAUCUGUAAAAGUUUGUGAGGGUUUUAGGUGACAGGCCAAAUUUCUUCAGCCUCCUGAGGUUGAAGAGACGCUGUUGCGCCUUCUUCACCACACUGUCUGUGUGGGUGGACCAUUUCAGUUUGUCAGUGAUAUGUACGCCGAGGAACUUAAACAUUUCCACCUUCUCCACUGCUGUCGAUGUGGAUAGGGGGGUACACCCUCUGCUGUUUCCUGAAGUCCACGAUCAUCUCCUUUGCUUUGUUGACGUUGAGUGAGAGGUUAUUUUCCUGGCACCACACUCCCAGAGCCCUCACCUCCUCCCUGUAGGCUGUCUCAUCGUUGUUGGUAAUCAAGCCUACUACUGUUGUGUCGUCUGCAAACUUGAUGAUUGAGUUGGAGGCGUGCAUGGCUAUGUAGUCAUGGGUGAACAGGGAGUACAGGAGGGGGCUGAGCACACACCCUUGUGGAGUCCCAGUGUUGAGGAUCAGAGAAGUGGAGAUGUUGUUUCAUACCUUCACCACCAGCAUUCUUACAUAGGUAUUCCUCUUGUCCAGAUGGGAUAGGGCAGUGUGCAGUGUGAUGGCAAUUGCAUCGUCUGUGGACCUAUUGGGGCGGUAAGCAAAUUGAAGUGGGUCUAGGGUGACAGGUAAGGUGGAGGUGAUAUGAUCCUUGACUUGUCUCUCAAAGCACUUCAUGAUGACAGAUGUCGCCCCGAUAGUCAUUUAGUUCAGUUACCUUUGCAUUCUUGGGUACAGGAACAUUGGUGGCCAUCUUGAAGCAUGUGGGGACAGCAGACUGGGAUAGGGAGAGAUUGAAUAUGUCCGUAAACACACCAGCCAGCUGGUCUGUGCAUGCUCUGAGGACGCGGCUAGGAAUGCCGUCUGGGCCGGCAGCCUUGCGAGGGUUAACACGUUUAAAUGUCUUAUUCACGUCGGCCACUGAGAAGGAGAGCCCACAGUCUUUGGUAGCUGGCCGCGUCGUUGGCACUGUGUUAUCCUCAAAGUGGGCAAAGAACUCUUGUCCAGAAGUUCCAGGAAAAUUUCAUUUUGGCAUUUGGCAGGCCACACUGGCUAAAGUAGGUAGAUGCUGUCUGUCAGUACACCACUCAUGUAUCUUUCAUUUGAUCAAUAGCCUCCAGACAUGAACCACUUGCCUACUGCCACUGGAGUUGAAGUCCUACAACUUCUCCAGAUCCUCCCUCUCAUCACCAGGGAUGCUUUGUGCAGCCCACCAUCCUUUACUGCUGCCUCUGUGCAGUAUAUUGGCAUCGACACCUGUAGGCAGAUUCAGAAUGCCAACGUUCUGCUGUCUGAAUAUGUUUCCCUUACCUCAAUGAAGCUGAAGCCAAACUCCUCCAGCAGAAAAUGUGUGAUCAUCACAAAUUAUUGUUGAAGUAAGUUAAAUAGACUUAUUGAUGGAUUAAUUAAUUAAUAUUGUGACAUUGGCCCUAGGUAGCUGCAGUAGUAUUAUUUAUUCAUUUCUGUCUUUCAUAGAUCUGGAAAAAAUUAUGUUGCCAAUCGUGGAAACAUUCAUUGUGGCGUUCAUAUAGAGGAACAGAUAGAGGUGUUUGGAUAACCUAUGAUUGGCAACUGCAACCACUUUGAGAGGUACCAUCAUCGCGUGAAGGACAUAAGUAUUUAUCUCUAAUACCUACAGUCAGCAAAGUUUCAGUAAAAACACAAUAGGGGUAUUUUAAACACAAUGUAUUUGUUAAUUUUUGUCAGCAGUGAAUGCCCACAAGAACGGGGUCAAUAUGGAGAAAAACAUGGUUGCAAGACUGGGUGUUCUGGACUCCAUUGCUACCAUGUUGACCUAUAUCAACAAAGACACUGAACAACCUCAGCCUGGUCUUCCUGGAUAUGCUGCAGUGUAUCAGCCAUCUGGGGCUGUAACACUGGCGUCUGCACAAGAGCUCAGACAGAGACAAAGACUU